AGAAGAGAUUUAACUAGCUAGAGCUGAAGAGGAAAAUAUCGACAGUCGACGCAAGGACACAAGAUACACAAAUUGGUAGCAUUUGAGAUCCAAGCAUCUGGCGCAUGUCUUUAACCGGGGACCCCUGGUUUUCGCCAUAUUCUAGAAGAGUUCAAUAAUCGUUCGAUGUAAAAGAUCUGGCGCCAACCACGCAUAAAAGUGCCGUCAUAUCAUGCCAUUUUACCUCACAAGAAUCUACCGCUCGCGUGAUUUUCGAACCUCGGGAAAUGUUUUGGUAUUGUAUUUCUAGUAUUUCUAGUAUUUCUAGUAUUCCCACUGUCGGCAUAGAAUCGGUAAUGACCGCAAACACAUAGCUUCGUCACGCUAUUCCAUGCACUAGAAACAUGCACUAGAAAUUUUUAACAUUCAAGCCAGAGUUUAAGAUUGACGCAUGACUCCGCAAAAGCGGAACGAGAUAUUAGGUAACGCCUUAUGAGCACGAGGCGGUAAGCAAGGGUAUAUUAAAGACUUUUGGACUUACUUAUAGAGUCUUAUCUAUUUCUCUCACGAGUCAUCUUAUUGUCUUCGAGGAAAACUUCAAGACAACAAACAACUAGCCGCCAUGGCUCUCAAUUAUAAAGAAUCAAGAUUAGUCAAGGAUACACUACCGUCCCUACGUCAACAUGGUGAACACAUUGCGACUGUCUUCUAUAAGACCAUGUUACGCGACCAUCCCGAACUCCACAAUUACUUCAACACGGUGAAUAUGCACACAGGAAAGCAGCCGCGCGCCUUGACGACACUUAUUCUGGCUUUCGCCUCCAACAUUGUUAACAUCAGCGAGCUAACACCGAAGCUGGAACGUGUGGCCCAAAAGCACGCCUCGCUGAACAUUCAGCCCGAACAAUAUGAGAUUGUCGGCAAGUAUCUAUUGCGCGCGUUCUCUGCCGUCCUCGGCCCUGCCAUGACCCCUGAUGUGAAGUUGGCGUGGACGAAAGCUUACUGGGUCAUGGCAAAGAUGCUAACGGGCCGAGAAGCUCAUAUUUACCGCGAGUUUGAGGACUGGACGGGCUGGCGGAAGUUUAUGAUCUUUAACAAGAAGAAUGAGACUGUAGAGGGAAACAUCGUCUCCUUCGUUUUGAAGCCGGUUGAUGGAAAGCCGUUACCACUCUUCAUGCCCGGCCAGUACGUCACCUUGAGAAUCACAGUGCCCGGCAUGAAGUUUACCCAGCUCAGACAGUAUUCGCUGAGCGAUGCGCCCAGCCGUGACCAUUAUCGGAUUACCGUCAAGCGAGACCAGGGGUCAAAUUGGGAUUACGCCAAGCCUGAUGAUAUUAUGACAAUUUCGACAAUUUCCUCAGCUGCCAGCAGCGCGUCAGAUAGCAGUAUUGGUAGCGUGCAGCCAUGCAGGCCUGGUAUCGUCUCCAACUCGCUCAUUGACGAGUUCCACGAAGGAGACACCAUUGAGUUGACACACCCGUCAGGCUCUUUCUUCCUCAACACGAAAAUGGACACCUCGAUGCCGCUUGUCCUCAUCUCCGCCGGAGUCUGUGUAGCCCCGCUGCUCUCGAUGCUGAACACUGUUGUAGAAAAGCGAAUCAACAGGCCAGUGUCCUGGAUCCAGGCAUCGCGACACGAUGCCCCCUUCCAAGCACAUGUCGAAAACAUGGCUAAGAGGCACCCGAAUAUGAGGACAAAGUUCUUCAAGUCGAGGCUGUCGGAUAGUGAUGUGUUGUCGUAUACUUCAACCUUUGAUAACGACUUCCUCUCCCUCACAGCCGAGGACUUGUAUCUAAGAAAUGGUUCGUCCGAGUACUACAUAUGCGGACCCGAGAAAUUCAUGAUGCAGGCGUCCGAACACUUACACAAGUAUGGUGUGAAACCAGAAAGGGUGCAGUUCGAGAUCUUCUCGGUAGGAACUUUCGAGAUGAGAAUGGAGGACUGAUUGGAGUACGGGACUAGUCGAUACGACCGAGGUCGUCUCGAAUAGCUAUUUACGGCGCCAUUCACCACGACGCUUCGUGGCCGAUCUAUUCGCUCUAGGCUUUCUUUAAGAAGCCUAUUGGGCAUUAGCCACAUACCAUAUCCUAACGCAUAGUGCGUAGCCGAGCGAAACGAGUGAAUCCGGAUAAAAAUCUGGCUUAUUAGCUCUGGGAGCCUUACUAGAGUCUAGUUAACUGGCCACCGGCCCAUGGUAAACAUGGAAUAGGAGCCGCCCAACGUAAAGCAAGAGGCAAUAGCCGAGCCAAUCCUUUCUUCCGGGAGGAGUAACACUAAGGUUUCCGCCGAGGUCAUUUGGAGUAUGGCGUUGAGUUUGCUACGUUAAGCAACCAAAACUCUAAAACUAUGGAUUAUUGCGUCAAAUAAAGCUACCAUAGAAGAUGGAUAGGAAUUACGAGUCAUGUCUUAGAUUAUUAGAGCUUAUGUACCUUACGGUCUAAUUGGGAAUAUAAACUACCUGAAUCCCCUUA